CAGCCCAGCCGCCAGUCCGUUGGAGGCUCUGCAGUGCAACGGUGCCCUUUCAAAUUGCGCUCUCUAAACCCGAUUUCACUCUGAUACAUCGAUACGCUUGUGGGAUUAAUCCAAACGUUUGCCAUCCAGUGUUCCAUCGUUCCCAGUGUAUGUGAAUCUCGGAAGAGUAUUGUGACUUUAAAAGCCUUCGUCGCCACUCGCGUUUGUAGACGCCGGUCUUUUCCUACAACAGAUUUCGACAAUAAUAUAAUAUUGUACAACAAAACUGGAAAUCUCAUAGUGGAUCAGUCAAAGAUGACAACAAUGAAGAAAACAAACCACUGUUCUAGUGGUUGGUGGGUGGUGUUACUGACGGCUACAUUGGCAGUGGGAGCUAUAGCCGAUGCUGGUGUCGGGCUUUUCAAUGCUCGACUUAACCAGAUCGUCACAUCCAGUACACUCAAAUGGGCGAACAUGAAGAAAGAAGCCAUGGAAAACUAUGUCAUUGGGGCAGAAUCACAACAAGGUCCUGUUUACUUGUGCAGAACGAGACAUGAAGGUGAUAUGCUCUUAGGUCAGUUAAGACCUGACUACACAUCUUGUGCCGUGUCGGGAACUAAAAGCUACGACAUAUUCGAAGUACUGGAAAAUAUUGAAAACGCAUCUCUUAUCAUAUGGAGUCCCUGGUACAAAUUUAAUUCGAAACCUAGCGGUGGAGUUGUCGUCGAUUCGUCCCUUGAUUCAGUCUUUAUAGGUCGAUUAAAAUCAGAGACCGACUUUUCGCACAAUAUCGGAAGAAUAAUCUAUGAAAGUACAGUUGGUCAUUUGAUUACAUUCAAUGAAAUAUAUAGUGAGUUACAGGAAAAUAGCGGAGAGAUUUUAUUGGAGAUUGAACCUGUCAAGUACAAAUUGGAAAAUGUUGAAUUAGAUUUAGAAACUCAACAUGAGAGGCAAAUGGAUCCUCAAGUAUAUGAAGAACGGGUGUUAAGAAAUGAUGACGAUGUUGGUGCUACUGUGACAACAGAAAUAGAGUACAAGUACAAUUAUACUUUGUCUUGGGGUCACGGGCACGGCAUCGCUAUCGGUUUGAAUACUACUAUAGAAACGAGCGAUGGAACAAUAUAUCCGCAAAUAGAGUGGGCCAACCCAUUCAGCGAGGAAAGAAAAGAACUGUAUAAACUGGAAAAGUAUCUAGAACCGGGCACAGCAUGCAAUGUGACUUUCAGAGGCAACAACACCGACCGCGACGUACAAUAUACAGCGAAGUUAAUAACUUAUUAUAAAGCAAAUGACCCACGAUCAAGACAAAUGAGAGGAGAGAGGAUCGAAAAUACAGUAGAAGUUGAAGCAAUAUAUGGCGAAAUUUAUUACACAGUAAACAAUACACUUGUGCCAACAACUACUACUACCACUACUACAACUACGACAACCACAACAACAACAACACAAGCACCCACCCAACCACCAUCAGCGCUAGAAAAGAACGACGUUGGAAUGAUUAUGGAUAGCAAUGAUAUAUUAAUGAACAGCAGUGAAGAUAUAGUAAAAGGUCCCCCUAAGGAAGACAUCAACCGCGCAGUAGUCGGAGGGCUCGGCAGCAAACCGGAAAAUGGUUCCGGCACCAAGAUAUACAGCUUAAGCUAUUUAUUGUUUGCGCCGAUACUAGCUUUAUUCCUAUAAAUGUAUCAUUAUAUCUUAACCAUGUAAAUAAAAAAUAAUAAUAUAUGUAUCAUCUAUCAUCAUACUUCUUGAUGUUAUUAAAAUGUUGUGGCAACUAUGCUUACCGCGGUUGCUUUUUACCCGAGAAUACGAUACGACUUUCUGGGAGUAUUAUGUAAAUAAAGAGAAGUUUUUGUUUAAAGACAUUCCUGUUAAAUAUUUUCAUUCCAAAUGUAUAAAUUACCCCAAGAAAUCCAUUUGUAUAUAGACUUUGUAUAUAGUUAAGAAUAUGAAAGUCGCAGAGCGACGACAAAUUAUCUUUUAAUUACCACAAAUAUAUUGGUUAUAUUUGUUUACUGAAGUAUAGUAGCGUAUACCACUUUUCCAACUAUUAAUUUAUUUUUAUUUUCAUGGCGAAUAAUUCAGCAAAAUUAAAAUAUAUUAUGUUGAUGUUAUAUGUUCUUAAAGUUUACACCUAUAAAAUAAUCACACCAGGAAAUAUUAUAAUACUAUACUGUGUAGUACACGAGACUUGAUUUAAUGGAUUUUUGAUAAUGUCACAAUCUUCUUAAUCUAUGUUAAUUAUUUCCAUGGACCCUCCUAUUUUCAAAACGAUUAAGUAUUCAUUUUAAAAAUACUUUAUUUAUUUCUGGAUCUGGAUUAUAAAUAAAUAGUUUCCAAAUUCGUAUUUCAAGUCAACUAUAUCUAAUUGGAAAAAUUAUUUAUUGUAAUUUGUAGUAACUAACUACAUAUAUUAUGUUUCUUACUUGAAGCCUAUUCUCAGGAAUAUUUCUCUGCAUUGUUAUAAUAAUAAAAACGUUAAAUAUCUACUUUGAGAUUUGCAUAAUUUAUAGAAUGUAAGUAUUACACUGAAUCAAAUUAAAAUGCUUGACGGAAACAACGGAUAAUGAAUCGCAAAAUUCAUAUUUUUGUAAUAUGUCGUAGAACAUAUCUUUCGAGUACCUCUAUAUUAUAGUUUUUUACUUUAAUAUAAUUUCUUAUAUUUGUUAUUUUUAGUUGUAAGUCACAAAGAUUUAAAUCCAGAUUAAAAGAUAUUACUUUAAUUACAGCUUUUAGCGUUAGUUGAUAAAUUAAUUUAUUUGUUUUAGGUUAUUUUGUGUGAGAUACAACCGUACCGGUACUCCGAUAAUGUAUUAUUGUGAAAGAUUUAAAUCUAAUUAUUAUAACUUUGUUAUUAAGUACCAAAGUUACAUUUUCUUUAUAAAGUUUACCUUACAUUUAGAGUAAUCGAUUAUUAUCAAUAUCUUUAGCUUCCUGUUAUAUAAGUAUAUCAAUGAAUACACCAAGUAGCAAGGAAAUAGUUUGAUAUAAGUGUUAUAAUGCUUAGCUGUGUUUGUGAAUGUGAACAGAAUGAAUAUUUUUGUAUGGACACAUGCUGAGCGCACAUUAAUGACUUUUCAAUAAACUUACAGGUUCAUCAGCAGAUUCUUCUCCGUCGAGAACUUUAAUUAAUAUAUUCAUGAACACAAUAUUCAGAAGUCGUUAAUGCGCGUUUGGCUUUUGAUUGUCAAUGUUAGUAAUAUUAUUGGUGUAACGAUACAUAAUUAAUGUUAAUGUUAUAUCGUACCUACGUAAUUGUAGUGUCAUUAAUUCCAAGACGUCACGUGUCCAUUCAUUAUUAUUAUUAUUAUAAAACAAAUCAUUGUUAUGUGGUUUAAGCCGAAUCUCAUUAUUAACAUAAAUUAUAUUUUUUAAAGAUCAAUAUCCCACCUAGUAUUACAUUAUCACUUAAGAUUUAGAAUAUAAAAAUAUCCUUCAAUUGUAUUAAACAAAGAGUUAUUCGAUGUGUAAAAUUGGCUUGAACUAAAAUAUAAAUAACCUUACAAAUACAUGAUCUAUUUUACAAUCAAUCAAAAAGCCCUAUGGCAAUGUAGGCGAACCUUGGUUGCCUAAAGCAUUAUAUUAAAUUUAUAUUUGGCAAAACAAUUCUAUGUUUACGUAGACAUGCCUAGUCUUAGUCAAUAACAAUAUAAAAUUCAAUAUUUUCAAUUAAACAUACAUUAUAAACGCUUUUGAAAAGUCUAGUCUGUCUGUUGUGGCAGACAUAGCAGACUGUUUAUAUUUUAUUCAGUAAUUUAUUUUUCAAUAUGUUUGUUUAUUUCAUGGUUUUCAUUAAAACACACGAGUACAUAAAUAUGUAUGUAUUUGUAUUCAUCAUGAGUAGUAUUUUAUGCUUUAUGCAUUUAGAGGAGUGGCUCUUUUUAAAAGUUAGAAUUAAUUCAUGAAUCUCAAAAUCAAGAUUGUUUGCGAAGCAUAAUUGUGAUGUUCUAUGUAAGUUUUGUUUUCAAUCAUUAAAGCGUAACUAUAAAAA